AUGUCCCUUACCGACGGGAUGGACCUUUUCGCAGCAGGGACCAUGGAAGAGACAUUAGAUAUUGUGAUCCAUGCCUGGAGGGACGCUUUCAGUGCAGAUGCGUACCCCUGGGUACCCGCUUUGGACGAGGACACAGCCGCCGACAUGGCACGACUCACCCGGAUCGUAGUCGAAUUUGUCGACUUUUAUACCGGCCUCCGGCUCCAGCAUUUCCGCGAGGCCCUCGACCCGCCCCGUGGUGAAUGGCCAGUCAGCCCAACGGAACGUCGCCGUAUUGCUCAAGCUUUAAUGCGGUCUCAGAUCUUCGUCAGUAUACAUCACCCUUCCUUCACUACCGGUGGGUUCGACGACGAAUUCUUCGUCACUGCAAUAGGCCUAUUCGAAAGCUGGGAAUUGGAGCAGAUCUCCGCCAUGGCAAACUUUGUUCUCAACGUCAUCUGGGCCGUGCACAGGCACGGCAAACACGGACUCCCUCCGCCCAUCUACCAGUACGGGGAGCCGUGGUGGUGUGGCCUGCCGGUUGUGUACGCACAAGUGGUCAAGGCCGGUUUGACCGACGACACCUUUCUGCCCGGGCUGUGGCGAGACCCCACAAUAUGCGAUAGUAAAGUGCGAAUCGGUUCAACUCUCAACAAGUGGUUGUCGGGAAGCCACAGGUGCUUGUGGUGGGAUAAUUACCGCCCGUCGGCGGCCAUGCUAGCGAUGGUAGAACCAUCCGCGGAAGAAGCCGCAGCACCGCCGCUUGCUUUUGAUGGCGACUCGAUCCUCAAUGUACCAUGGGCAUGGAUUCAUGCUUGGAACGGACAGCGAGUGAGACGAUGGGGCAGUGACCUGGUACCGGUACGUCCCCCCGGCCCUAACGCCGAUUGGAAUGAGCACGGCCGUGUAACCGACUUGAUGUGGCAUUGGAGGUGGUUCGGUUGCGUGUUCUGGGAUAAAGACCGCGCCGAAGCGCUCAUGGAAUCUGAGGCCUUUGAGGGAUGCGGACGGGGUUGGUUUGCGUCGUACUUAGCUAGCGGGGAUGCUAGUGGGAGCGCAGUUUAG